AUGACGGAGAAAAGACUUGGGAUGGUUACCCCCAUUCCUAAUUUCCAAAAACUUUGUUGGCGUAGCAAGACUAUUUCCUCUGGCGGCAAAGAGGUUCUACUUAAAUCGGUUGCUCAGGCUAUGCCCAAUCAUAUUAUGUCUGUCUUUUUAAUUCAUGUGGAUCUUUGCGCAGAGCUUCAACGAAUGAAGAACUCUUAUUGGUGGGGGCGAGAUACAUCAAGCAGGAAAGGUAUUUCGUGGACUAACUGGAAUAAUCUAUGUACGUCAAAGAGUUUCGGUGGUAUGGGUUUCAAAAAUCUACAUGAAUUCAAUAUUGCUAUGCUUGCUCGUCAAUCUUGGAGGUUAUUAAAUAAUCAAGAGUCGUUGUGCUUUAAAGUGCUUUCGGCGAAGUAUUUUCCCUCGGGAAAUUUCUUGGAUGCUAGUAUUGGAAACAAUCCGAGUUAUACGUGGAGGAGUAUUUUUGCAACUAAGGAUAUGAUGCGGAGUGGAGUGAGGAGGGGGAUUGGCUCUGGUUUGAAAACACGAGUUUGGAGUGAUCCCUGGCUUGUUGAUGGGAGUAGCGGGUUCGUAAAUGAAGUGGCACCGGGUUGA